AUGAGUCGACGAACAAAACGACCAAAUGUCACUGAAGAAGACAUCAUGGAAAUUCUAGAAUCAGAUGAUUCUUCUGGUUCUGAUUUUGAAGAUUCCGAUGAUUUUGAGCCAUCUGAUGAAAGUUCAUCGGAUGAUGACUAUAAAUCAGACGAAGAGGAUAAUAAUAUUGUUAUUCCUAAUACCUAUCCCGAUGAUGAACCAGAUGACGAGGGUAAUAAUAUUAUUAUUCCUAAUCCCGAUCCUAAUCAUGUUGUUUGGUCUCUACCACGUCGUUCGUUUACUCCACGGUUUACUAUACCUGAUGACCGUAAACCUGAAGUAUUGGUUGAUUUGGAACCUGGUUGUUUAGAAUUGCAAUGUUUUCAAAAAAUUUUUCCACGCAGUUUGUAUAUAUUUAUAAGUCAAUGUACGAAUGAACGUUUACAGAUACUAAGGGAGAAAAAGAAGAAAACUAAAGAUGAAAUUCGAGAUUCAGACUCCAGUGAAAUAAUGCUAACACUUGGUUGCCUACUGGUUAUGAGUUAUAAUAAAUUACCUAAUGUGUACGAUUAUUGGUCCCAAAAUCCAUCUAUGGGGAACCAAGCCAUAAAAUUGGGAAUGGCGCGAAAUAGGUUUCAGUUGUUGAUGUCUAAACUGUAUUUCAAUCACCCAAAGCCACCUACAAAUGCUCCUAAAACGUACUACACAGACGAAAUGGUAAAUUGUUUGAAGUAUACAUUUUUGAAUGCUCGAGGAGAGAGCCCGUUUCAAAGUUUGGACGAAUAUAUGACGAAAUUCAAAGGUAGAUCCAGUUUGAAACAGUAUAUGCCGCUCAAACCUAUAAAACGAGGAAUAAAGAUUUGGGAGCGCUGUGACUCAAAUACUGGAUAUACUUACGAUUUCAACAUCUAUAGUGGAAAAAACGAGUCAAAUGACACUGACAAUAGAACACUGGGGGAACGAGUAGUUAUGAAAUUAUCCGAGACGAUUCGUGACCCAAAUGUGGUACUUGCUUUUGACCGAUUUUUUACAAGUGUGCGGCUUCUCACAAUUAUAGAUUUUCCUGCUCUUGGUACAUGUAUUAUGAAUCGGAAAAACGUACCUAAGUUUGAUGGAAAAUUAAAAAGAGGUGAACAUCAAUUUCGCAGUUGUUCAGAUGGAUUGAUAGCAGCAAGAUGGCAAGACAGUAAAGAUUUUGUAGUAAUUAGUAACUGUCAUACACCGAAUGUUGGAGAAAUUACUCGUAAGCAAAAGGAUGGGACAAAAUUGAAAGUGUCUUGCCCAAAUUCUAUUAUUUUUUAUAACCAAAUCAUGGGCGGAGUAGAUCUAUCAGACCAGAAAGUGAGUGUGUACGAUUGCAGCCGUAAGUCAACGAAGUGGUGGAAAAAGGUGUUCUACAAAUUAUUGAUGUCAGCGGUCGUAAAUGCAUGGAUCCUCUACAAUGAGGUCAAUGAAAAUAAAACCAGACUAUUACAAUUCUUGGUACCAUUGGCUGAACAAAUGAUGGCAACAGGAAAGGCAAAUUGUGCAGUAAAACGCAGGAGAAACAGUGGAAGACCAUCAAAGAUCGCGAAAACACUAAUCAAUGUUGGAGACCAUUUACCUGUCGAGGGCAUGAGUAGACGAAGAUGUGCGAGGUGUUUAAUGAAAAAAAAAGAAACCAGGACUACGCAAAUGUGUCAAAUGUGCAAUUUACCACUAUGCAAAAACUGCUUUACAUUGUACCAUACUUCAUAA